GGCGUCUGCUGCAGCGGCCGCGGUGGCGGAGGAGGCCCGACAGGACUUGGCGGCAGCGGCGGCGGCGGCGGCGGCGGCGGCGGUGGCGGGACCGGCAGCAGCAGCAGCAGCAGCUACAAGCUCCCAGUGCCGCGGCGCUGCCGCACGAGCCCCACGAGCCGCCCACCCCGCCGCCCUCGGCGCUGACUGACCCCGCCGGCGUGUCCGCCAGCCGCCAGCCCCGGCAGCGCCCCCAGUCGUCCUCCGACUCGCCCUCGGCCUUCCGCGCCAGCCGCAGCCGCAGCCGCAACGCCAGCCGCAGCCUCAGCUCCAGCCAUCGGCACAGCCACCGGCAUAACCCCAGCCCCAGCUCCUGCAGCAGCUCCUCCAGACACAGUCCCUACGCCGACACCCUGGAGGUUGGGAUGCUCUUGUCCAAAAUCAACUCGCUUGCCCACCUGCGCACCGCGCCCUGCAACGACCUGCACGCCACCAAGCUGGCGCCCGGCAAGGAGAAGGAGCCCCUGGAGUCGCAGUACCAGGUGGGCCCGCUACUGGGCAGCGGCGGCUUCGGCUCGGUCUACUCAGGCAUCCGGGUCGCCGACAACUUGCCGGUGGCCAUCAAGCACGUGGAGAAGGACCGGAUUUCCGAUUGGGGAGAGCUGCCCAAUGGCACCCGAGUGCCCAUGGAAGUGGUCCUGCUGAAGAAGGUGAGCUCGGGCUUCUCCGGCGUCAUUCGGCUCCUGGACUGGUUUGAGAGGCCCGACAGUUUCGUCUUGAUCCUGGAGAGGCCCGAGCCGGUGCAAGACCUCUUCGACUUUAUCACGGAAAGGGGGGCUCUGCAGGAGGAGCUGGCCCGCAGCUUCUUCUGGCAGGUGCUGGAGGCUGUGCGGCACUGCCACAACUGCGGGGUGCUCCACCGCGACAUCAAGGACGAGAACAUCCUCAUCGACCUCAAUCGCGGCGAGCUCAAGCUCAUCGACUUCGGGUCGGGGGCGCUGCUCAAGGACACCGUCUACACGGACUUCGAUGGGACCCGAGUGUAUAGUCCCCCAGAGUGGAUCCGCUACCAUCGCUACCAUGGCAGGUCGGCCGCCGUCUGGUCUCUGGGGAUCCUGCUGUAUGAUAUGGUCUGUGGAGAUAUUCCUUUUGAGCAUGAUGAAGAGAUCAUCAGGGGCCAAGUUUUCUUCAGGCAGAGGGUCUCUUCAGAGUGUCAGCAUCUCAUUAGAUGGUGCUUGGCCCUGAGACCGUCAGAUCGGCCAUCCUUCGAAGAAAUCCAGAACCAUCCCUGGAUGCAAGAUGUCCUCCUGCCCCAGGAAACAGCCGAGAUCCAUCUGCACAGCCUGUCGCCAGGGCCCAGCAAAUAGCUUUUCUGGCAGGUCUUCCCCUCCCCCUCAGAUGCUCGAGGGAGGGGAAGCUUCUGUUUCCAGCUUCCCAGAGUACCAGUGACACUUCUCGCCAAGCAGGACAGUGCUUGAUAACAGGAACAACAUUUACAACUCAUUCCAGACCCCCAGGCCCCUGGAGGUUGCCUCCCAACAGUGGGGGAAGAGACUCCUCUCCAGGCGUCCUAGGCCUCCACUCCUCCCGUAGAUGCUCUCUCCUAUUCAAAGAGGUCCGGCUUGGCUGGACUCUGCAAAAUCCU